ACUUUUCGGUCUCUUCUUAUAACAAACCCCAUCAUAAUAUAUAUCCAAAUCUAUCAUAUUCCUAUUCCCUCUCUUCUCAAGAUCAAACCAAAUUUCUGAUUCGAUGGCGAAUCUGAUUCGAACAGACCAUCAGCAACAUAUUCCAAAGAAGAGGAAGAGAGGGGAAAGUAGAGUUUUUAGGCUGAAGACGUUCGGAGAGUCUGGACAUCCAGCUGAGAUGAACGAGUUGUCUUUUCGAGAUAACCUCGCUAAACUACUUGAGUUUGGUCACUUUGAGAGCUCCGGUCUAAUGGGAAGUUGGUCUUUUCAGCUCGAGAUUCAACGAAAUCCAAAUCCUCUCUAUGUUCUUCUCUUUGUCGUAGAAGAGCCCAUCGAAGCCUCUCUCAAUCUCCGUUGCAACCAUUGCCAAUAUGUUGGUUGGGGAAAUCAAAUGAUAUGCAACAAGAAGUACCAUUUCGUGAUCCCCUCAAAGGAAACAAUGGCGGCUUUUUUAAAACUGGAAGGUGGAGGCUACGCUUUUCCCGAAAAGGAAAGUUUCUCCCAUCUUGUGGAGCUUCAAGGCCAUGUCCUUCACGGCUUCUUUCACUCCAACGGAUUUGGUCACUUGCUCUCUCUCAACGGCAUUGAAACCGGCUCCGACUUAACCGGUCAUCAGGUCAUGGAUUUGUGGGACCGGCUCUGCACCGGUUUAAAGGCCAGGAAAAUAGGGUUGAAUGACGCGUCGCACAAAAAAGGAAUGGAGUUGAGGCUGCUGCAUGGGGUAGCAAAAGGAGAGCCAUGGUUCGGUCGUUGGGGCUACCGGUUCGGGUCAGGGACAUACGGAGUGACUCAAAAGAUUUACGAGAAGGCACUUGAGUCGGUCCGUAACAUACCCUUGUGCUUGCUUAACCAUCACCUAACCAGCCUUAACCGAGAAACUCCAAUCCUCUUGUCAAAGUACCAAAGUUUAUCCACCGAGCCAUUGAUCACUCUCAGUGACCUCUUCAGGUUCAUGCUUCAUCUCCAUUCACGUCUUCCAAGAGAUAACUACAUGAGUAACUCCCGAAACCAAAUCAUCUCCAUUGAUAGUACCAACUGCAGAUGGUCUCAAAAACGGAUCCAAAUGGCUAUCAAAGUGGUCAUAGAGUCACUGAAAAGAGUCGAAUACCGAUGGAUAUCGAGACAAGAAGUGAGGGAUGCAGCUAGAAAUUACAUUGGGGACACUGGUUUGCUUGAUUUUGUGUUGAAGUCGCUUGGGAACCAGGUGGUUGGAAACUAUUUGGUCCGACGUAGUCUAAAUCCGGUGAAGAAAGUGCUAGAGUAUUCCUUGGAGGAUAUAUCAAAUUUGUUACCAAGUAGUAACAAUGAACUCAUAACCCUUCAAAACCAAAACUCAAUGGGGAAGAUGGCGACAAACGGUCACAAUAAGAUCACAAGAGGUCAAGUUAUGAAAGACAUGUUUUAUUUUUACAAACACAUUCUCAUGGACUACAAGGGAGUGUUAGGCCCCAUAGGAGGUAUAUUGAACCAAAUCGGAAUGGCUUCAAGAGCAAUCCUCGACGCUAAGUACUUCAUCAAAGAGUAUCACUACAUUAGAGAUACAUCGGCGAAAACGUUACACUUAGAUCGAGGGGAAGAAUUAGGAAUAUUCUGCACGAUCGCGUGGAAAUGUCAUCAUCAUAACAACGAGAUAAAAGUUCCUCCACAAGAAUGCAUUGUAGUGAAGAAAGAUGCAACAUUGAGUGAAGUGUACGGAGAGGCAGAAAGAGUGUUUAGAGAUAUCUAUUGGGAACUAAGAGACGUCGUGGUGGAGUCAGUGGUGGGUGGUCAAAUAGAGAUCACAAGGGUCGAUGAAAUGGCCUUGAAUGGGAAUAAGGGAUUGGUGUUAGAAGGGAACGUAGGAAUGAUGAUGAACAUUGAAGUGACGAAAUGUUAUGAAGAUGAUGAUAAAAAGAAGGAUAAGAGAAUAGAGUGUGAGUGUGGAGCAACGGAAGAAGAUGGAGAGAGAAUGGUGUGUUGUGAUAUUUGUGAAGUAUGGCAACACACAAGGUGUGUUGGUGUUCAACACAAUGAGGAAGUGCCUCGCAUUUUUCUUUGUCAAAGUUGUGAUCAACAUCUUAUUCCUCUCUCUUUUUUACCCUAAAUCAUUCAUGUUAUAUUAAACCUUCUUUUUUUCUAUCAUUACGUCAUAAUACAUAAAUUAUACUCCUCGAUC